AUGGCCCAUUCUGAAGUUGAACAUCCGACAGAGAUCUCACUAGAUCUUAAGAAUAACGUUGGUCGUGACUUGAUCGAGAGCUCGGAAAGGGCCACUCGCCGAGAACAUGACCUAACUGUACGACAAGCCAUUUCCAAGCACAAGAGUGCCAUCUUUUGGGCGGCCUACUUCAUUGUGCCGGGCUUCGUCAUUGGAUAUGAGCCUACCAUCUUAGGAACCUUAGUCGGUAUCCCUCAAUUUCGGAAAGACUUUGGUUAUGAACACCCGCCUGGAUCAGGCGAAUAUGUCCUGGCUCCUUCGUGGACAUCCGCAUUCCCCUACGCACCUAUCAUCGGCUUUUUGGUGGCUCCUCUCUGGGCAGGAUGGUGCAACGAUCGUUUUGGACCUAAGAUAACUCUGAUAUGCUGCACUACGCUCUCUCUCUGCACUCUCCUAAUGGAAGUUCUUGGUUCGACUGCCGGUGUGAUCUUCGCCGGAGACCUUCUUACUGGCCUCCUCACGGGUGGCUUUCCUGUUCUUGGACCCGCGUAUAUUUCAGAAAUCUUACCUGUUCGACUUCGAGGUAUUGGACUGGCAGCCAACAACUUUGCUCAGGUUGCUGGUUCGUUUAUUGCAAUUGGUGUCUUGCGCGGGACGGAAACACGGGCGGACAAAUGGGCUUACAAAGUUCCUUUUAUCACUGAAUACUUUUUCCCAGUUAUUUUUCUCUUAGGAGCAUUUUUCGCUCCUGAGACACCUUGGUUCUUGGUCAAGAAGAGGCGAUAUGAAGAGGCCACCAGGUCACUGGAGCGUACUGGAUACAGCGAAGACAUCGAUGAUACGCUGGCCCACAUGAAAGAGACCAUUCUGCUCGCAGAGGAGACUACAUCCAGUACCACUUACCUUGAUUGCUUCAAAGGCACAAACUUCCGACGUACGAUGAUUUGUUCGCUUUGUUAUAGUGGUCAAUUCCUCUGUGGAAUCAAUGUUGUCUCUUCAUACUGCACUUAUUUCUUCCAGCUGGCUGGAGUGUCAACCAACCAAGCCUUUGACCUCUCGCUUGGUCUGUUUGCGCUCGGUAUUGUCGGAAACGUGAUUUCAUGGCCCUUGCUAUCAGUAUGGGGCCGGAGGAUGGGCUACAUCUCAACCUGUUGUGCAACCACCCUCCUCAUGUUCGUUAUUGGAUUCUUGGAUCUCGCUCCAUCUUCUAACAGUCCCGCAUUGUACGCCAAGUCAUCCAUGUUGCUCAUCUUUUACUUCAUUUAUAACUUUGGACUGGGUCCCCUGGUCUACGCUUUGAUUGCUGAGAUCCCAACUACAGCCAUCCGUGGUAAAACCAUGGGUCUUGCAUGUGCUUUUGCACAUAUCUUUUCCCUCGUCAUUACCGCCGGACUCCCGUAUGCCAUGAGCCCCCUUGAGGCAAAUUGGGGAGGCAAGAUUGGGUUCCUCUUUGGAGGGCUCAGCAUCCUGGUGAUUGUCUGGGCGAUUAUGUGCCUACCGGAGACCAAGGGCCGGACAUUCGAGGAGCUUGAUAUUCUGUUUGAGCGGAAAAUACAGGCCUGGAAGUUCGAGAGCACUGAUGUGACAAACCAUGAUCGUGCGGCCAUGCUUCAUGGUGAGCAGCCAUGA